ACUUUCCCUGGGAAGUUGUUUCUUUCUCUAAAAUAUUAAAAGUCUUUGAAUUCAGGCCAUGCCCAAGUAUUCACCGGAAAGGCAGAGCUUGACUGGCUCUUCCUGCUCCUGGGAGCACAUAAGCUUCGAAUCAGAUGAUGGUGCUUCCCAAGAUCGGGAGUUCUCCCUUUGGAGUCGCCGUGCACAGCCGGACUGCUCACAAGUAACGAGGCCAGGGCAUGGAUACAAUCGGUUGCCCCCGUCUAGAUCCCCAGAUAGAAGCCCCCGCAGGCAUCGGCAGCGAAAACCAGCCGGAGCACCGAAGCCAAGUGGUGAAACGUAUACGGAUGCUAUGUCGUCCAUUUCGCCUUGGAAGUAUUCCGAGUUGCUCCAGGAUAACCUGACAAUGGCUCUGGUGGACAUGCUCCACGAUGACGGCUGCCUGCUGCGCGAGAGAUGGGGGGAUAUCGAGGCCAUGUUGGCGGAUAUGGUGGCCACACGAAUCCAGUCGGUGCCAAGGGGCCCCCACCCGUCGUUCGACUCGUCUUACGAGAUCCACGGCCACCGGGUGAUCAGGUGCGCCGACGGUUUCUCAAAGAUCUUCCUGGAGGACUGCGUAGCCGAACUAAGUGAAGCUUGGCAUGGCCUACGCAUCACGCUUGUGCACGCCAGCGCAAUACCUUGUGCAGCGGCCCUGGCAGCAGGCCAGGAUGAACGGACUACCUUAUCCAGCAAGAAUAUAGAUCAGAUGGAGAAAAACUCUUUAGGCUGGAUGGUACCGCGGGGAGCGAAACUAUCCCACAUUGCGAUCCAGGAGAUCCAGUACAGAAAUGUGAACAAGCCAAAAGGCCAACAGAAACGAUUCCUGCUUCAGGAUGGUUCAAAAAGCUGGAGGGUACUCUUAGGCCGAGGCCAUAAAGUGCGUGUUGUAGAACACGUUCCAAAAAUGAAGGAAGUGGAGCAGACGCACGAGGAGCAGACGGAUGACGAGCAGGCGGAUGAGGAACAGACGCAUGAGGAACAGACGGAAGAGGUGGACCAGUCGUAUGAAGAGUACAUUGGAACUGGGGCGCAGAAGGAAAUAGAGAAAAGCCACCAGAUGGAGGAGAUGAACCAGAUAGAGGAAGGGGUCAACGAGCAGCAGACAGAGGUUAACUCUUUCGGGUGGAUAGUACCUCGGGGAGCUGAGUUCUCCGACACUGCGAUCAAGAAAAUAAUAGAAGGCGAUCUCACUAUGCGAACGAGAUCGCGGCAGAAGUUUCUGGUUCAUGAUGGCUUGAAAUCCUGGAGAGUAAUCCUGUGUCAAGGUGGUCGAAUACGCAUUAACAAAUAUACUGGAAAUGCGGCGAAAAGGAAAGAAGCAGAGGAAGUAGAGGAAAGCCACCAGACAGAGGAGAUGAACCAGAUAGAGGAAGGGGUCAACGAGCAGCAGACAGAGGUUAACUCUUUCGGCUGGAUAGUACCUCGGGGAGCUGAGUUCUCCGACACUGCGAUCAAGAAAAUAAUAGAAGGUGAUCUCACUAUGCGAACGAGACCGCGGCAGAAGUUCUUGGUUCAUGAUGGCUUGAAAUCCUGGAGAGUAAUCCUGUGUCAAGGUGGUCGAAUACGCAUUAACAAAUAUACUGGAAAUGCGGCGAAAAGGAAAGAAGCAGAGGAAGUAGAGGAAAGCCACCAGACAGAGGAGAUGAACCAGAUAGAGGAAGAGGUCAAAGAGGAGCAGACGGAGGUUAACUCCUUAGGCUGGAUAGUACCUCGAGGAGCUGAGUUCUCCGACACUGCGGUCAAGAAAAUAAUAGAAGCUAAUCUCACUGGGCGAACAAGACCGCGUCGGAAACUCCUAAUUCAUGAUGGCUUGAAAUCCUGGAGAGUGACCCUGUUACAAGGUGGUCGAAUACGCAUUGGCCAGUACACUGGCACUGCGGCGAAGAAGGAAAAACCAGAGGAAGUAGAGGAAAGCCCCCAGGCAGAGGAGAUGAACCAGAUUGAGGAAGAGGUCAAUAAGGAGCAGACAGAGGUCAACUCUUUCGGCUGGAUAGUACCUCGGGGAGCUGAGUUCUCGGACACAGCGAUUAAGAAAAUUAUAGAAGGCGAUCUCACUAUGCGGACGAGACCGCGGCAGAAGUUUCUGGUUCAUGAUGGCUUGAAAUCCUGGAGAGUAAUCCUGUGUCAAGGUGGUCGAAUACGCAUUAACAAGUAUACUGGAACUGUGCCGAAGAAGGAAGAACCAGGGGAAAGCCACCAGAUAGAGGAGUUGAACGAGUUAAAGAAAGCGCAGCAGAUUAUGGAGGGCAAGAAUAAAAUUCCAAACACCUAAAAUAA